UAUUUCUUAAUUGGCAAAAUCGCGCUUCGUCUUCUCUGGUUACGUACCUCUGCGGCUGCCGUAGACAGGAAGUGAGACAAAGAAAACAACAUGGUGCUGGAAAAGAAAGCCUCAGCCCGGGUGGAGGCAGGCCAGCGUAGGGUUCUGGAUGAGGCCACCAGACAGAGGAGACUGACCCGACAGCUGGAAGCUCUGGAGAAAGACAACUUCCAGGUGGGACCCCUCUGUCCUCGCUGCCCCCCAGGUCCUACUGCCCGCCUGCCUGCCUUCAGCGAGACAGAAGAACCAGAGAAGAAGAAGAGGAAGACGAGGGGCGACCACUUCAAGCAGCGCUUCAGGAAGAACUUCACCACGCUGCUGGAGGAGGAGAACCUGUCGGAGAGGGCGGAGCCUAACUACUUCGUGGGCCCGCCCCCCUCGCCCACAAUGCUGCCUCUCCCCCCACCCAGCACCUGUGGGGGGCGCUACUGCUGCAGACAGUGUUUAAACACACACCGGGAGACAAGGUGUCUGAAGUGGACUCUGUAGCAGUUCAUCAUCUUCUCUGGCGCCUGGCUCUGUGAAGCUGGCAAACAUCUGCAACAUCUGGCUCGUCUGCCCCCGUUAUCUGCUCAUCAGCUGAUAACCGAUGUUUCUGUUUGUAAAUAAUGAAUCCUGGUUUUUCAUCUUUUAAUAAAGAGAAAAGAAGAA